UUCAUUUCACGUCAGUAGCCAAAAUUACUGACAGAGUAUGGGGACUGACGUCUUUUUUCAGAUUCUAAUUUAGCUAGUUAUAUAAUUAGCUAAUAUACUAGCUUGAUACCUAUUCAUAUAGUAGUUUGACUACCUGCCAGAGAUUACAAAAGGUAUAGCUAUUGCUAGGUACUGGAGGAUUUGGAUAAAGCAACCAAGAAAGAAAUGGGGGCCUUUUUGGACAAGCCCAAGAUGGAGAAGUUGAACGCCCACGGGGAAGGGAACGGCCUGCGCUACGGCCUGAGCAGCAUGCAGGGCUGGCGGGUGGAGAUGGAGGACGCACACACCGCCGUCAUUGGCUUGCCUCAUGGCCUCAACCCCUGGUCGUUUUUUGCUGUAUAUGACGGCCAUGCCGGCUCUCACGUGGCUCGAUACUGCUGCGAGCACUUACUGGACCACAUCACCAGUAACCCUGAUUUCAGGGGUGGUGGUGCAGGACCAGGGGGCGGGGGUGAGGAGGCCAGAACGACUCUGGACAUCCGCCACGAGCCGUCUGUAGAGAGUGUAAAGAACGGCAUUCGUACUGGCUUCCUGCAAAUUGACGAGCAAAUGCGAGCGAUCUCGGAGCGUAAGCAUGGGGCAGACCGCAGCGGCUCCACAGCAGUGGGAGUCAUGAUCUCACCUCGACACAUCUACUUCAUCAACUGUGGCGACUCACGGGCCCUCCUCAGCAGGGGAGGCCGGGUCCAUUUCUUCACGCUGGAUCACAAGCCCAGCAAUCCACUGGAAAAGGAGCGCAUCCAGAAUGCCGGCGGCUCUGUAAUGAUACAACGUGUUAACGGCUCACUAGCAGUGUCUCGAGCCCUUGGUGACUUUGACUAUAAAUGUGUGCAUGGCAAGGGACCCACGGAGCAGCUCGUGUCCCCUGAGCCAGAGGUGUUUGAGAUCGAAAGGUCCGAGGAGGACGAAUUUGUUGUGUUAGCGUGCGAUGGCAUCUGGGACGUGAUGGCCAACGAGGAGCUAUGUGACUUUGUACGGUUACGCCUAGAGGUGACAGAGGACUUGGAGAGGGUGUGCAAUGAGAUUGUUGACACAUGUUUGUACAAGGGAAGUCGGGACAACAUGAGUGUGGUGCUGGUGUGCUUUCCUGCUGCUCCUAAGAUUUCGCCUGAAGCUGUGAAGAGACAGGCAGAGCUGGAGAAAUACCUGCAGAGCAGGGUAGCAGGUGGAGCAUCUAAAAAGAAAUAGUAAAAAGAGCAAGAUGUUUAUUGUUCCUAAGUAACAUAUUACUACUUAUUACUGGCCAAAACAGACAUUUAAAUGUAAACAGGUACCCACAGCAUCCCAAUUCUAAGUGUGGUGUCUCUAUACACACACCAUACUUUUUUACUAUGGCUUAUGCUGAACUUUCAAUGUCUUGAAGGGAAAUGUAGCACACUUUGAAUGCCUAAUACUGUCUUAUCAGGGGCCCGCAGAGAAUAUGUAUAGAUCAGUGAAUAGUUGUCAAUGUUUUAUCAAUUUAGUUUUACAGAGUAACAUAAAAUCACAUUUUAUUUAUUUUUAUGGUAAAAAAAUAACAAUUGUCACUUUUUUUUAACUACUUUUCAACUGAUGGAAACGUAAUUAAUUAUAUAAAAUUAACCAGAUUUUUUGGUUUUUUUUCAAACGUUUGAUCUGGAUUGAAAUUAGUGAGCUUUUUUACUGUCUAGUUUUGCCAUUGAACUUGGUCAUGCAAAGAACUGUUAGAACUCUAUAAAGUAUAUAUAGCCAAUAAAAUAAAAUGUUAUCUUUUCAUUUAACACCUGGUCUCUGAUGGCCAUAUAUUUGGUCAAAUACUUUCAUUACAAGGUUAUUUUCAGUAUUCAGUAAUUCUAUCAAAAAGCUUAUGCCUUUAAUUCUAAAUUGAUUGUCCAUAUAUAUUAAUUACAUGUGUGUAUAUAUAAAUGUAUAUAGUGGCUUAGCAGAAAACUAUUUCUCAGGUUUUGCUAGGGUUGUCUUAUAAUGGUCUGAGUGGACAGGGGCAUAUUAGCUCUUAUUUGUGAAGUGGUUUGAAACUCUGUUAUUAGUCUUUUAACCAAUUUAACACAUUUUGAUGUCAUCAUGGAAAGCCACAACUUACGCUCAUGCAAAUCUGCAGGGCCGAACAUUAUAAACAGCUUAAAGUUUCUCAGGCUAUGAAUGGCUGUUAAAAUCACUGAUGUACUUGCACGUAAUGAAAUGGUUAAAGGUGCCACAUAUGGGAUUCUUACUUUAUGUGGAAGAUAGGUGAAUUACAAGAACAUUAUGCUUAAUUCAAAGCAAAACAUCUUCUGCUGCACUCCACAACAUAGGAGGAUUGUGCUUUCAUUUUUGCUUUCGGUGUUACUGCUUGUUAUUUAAAUGUACAGUGCAUUGACAAAAUAACGGGAGCACCUGACUGUAUGUUAUUAGCAAGAACUUAAUGAGGAGGAGGGCACCCCUUUUCUUUCAGAACAACUCCAAUCCUUGGAUGCUGUCAUACAAGAACUUAAAGUGUAGCAUUAUUCACAAAGAACAUUUUAAUUUUUUUGCGGGAUGAAGAAUAUGGAACUCACUUAGUUGCCUCAUUUUCUUUGAAAACUCAAAUUUAAAAGUGUUAAUUGGCAGACCUCUUAUUGUUGACACCUGUACUGCUAAUUGGAAAUGAACCUAAUGUGACCUCUGCAGCUGUGUUUGUAGUUUUUAUUUUUUUAAUUCAAACAGCCCUUUUCCAUUCAGUCUUUCUGUUAUGUCCACCACCUGUAUUUCACAGCAGUUUAGAUGGUAAAAUUAUUCCUUACACUAUAUAUAGUACAUGUUUUCUUAUUUUUAAAAAUGUCUCACUGUUGUUUUAUAGUAACAAUGAAGAUUUCUGUGUUUACUACUUGUCCCAACCACAAACUCAAAAUGGUGCUCCCAUUUUCAUGAUAAUAACAUGCAGUAGCGAGUAAGUAAUAAUCAAUCAAAUCAGUAGCGAAUAAGUAAUAAUGUCAAACACCAUAAUUUUACUAUAAUGGAAUUCCACUAUUAAAUGACAAUGAAAAAAUAGCACAUGUGAAGCACCUUUAACCAUUUAAAAUAGUUGAUGUUGUUGGACAGAUACAACAGCUUUUCAUGAAAGCCAAAUUAUUCCGCACUGAACAAUAAGGGCAGGGAUUCCCAACCUAGGGGGUGGGCCCCUGAAAUGGGGUGCCUGAGCUUCCUGGGGUGUCAUCAGUGAUUACAUUUAUUUCCAUUUUAUUAAUGUAAUAGGCCCUGUUUAAAGAAUCUCACUCACAAUGCCAACAUCAAGGAGACAUCCCUAAUUUGUUCACACUUUGUAGAAGUUAGCUGAAUUACAGCAACACAAAAUGUACAUUCAAACCAACUUUCCCCUUAUAGCGCAGUCAGUAUAAUGAUUUUUACUUGUGAAUGAACAACUUAAAAAAGCUUUUAAAACUUUUUGAUUUUUAAAAUAGCUAUUUAAAUUGCACAUUUAUUUCCUAGACUACUCAGUGCUUGUUUUCUUGCUUGAACAGAAACUGAGUGAACUGAAUGUCAUCAACUAUGAAAUUAUUAAGGGAUUUUGCUUGCCCAUAUCAGCUAUUGUUCGUUUAAGGAGAAAUGAUUGCAUGUCUGUGUCAUCAGUAGAUGAGUAGAGUGCACAUUUCUAUUUGACCAAUAGAAAUUGUGCAUUUUAGGAUGUGCUUUUAUAUGCACCAAAAUCAUUUCUGGUGAAUAAAGGUUGUAAAACAUUGUCAUUCCACUAUUAAUGCAGAUAUACUAUGUCAGUAUAGAUAUAUGAAUGUUACUGUUAAUUAACUGCUAGCAAGCAUGCUAACUAUUCUGUUGAAAAUCACAAAAAUGUUUUGAAUGUAAAAUAUGGCUCCCUGGUGGAAAAUGUUUGGGAAAACUGGCCUUAAGUGUUCCAGAGGUCUGAACUGUGGCCUCUGGUGCAUAUAUGGCUACAGAAUAGGUGUGAUAUUAAGGACGAUAAGCACAGUGCUGCACGGUUGUGCGGUGACAUAUACCAAUGGCGCGAGUUACAUUCAAAUAAAACUUUAUUUUGACAUCAAAAUGUUGUUCCUAUGAACGAUGGUAAUGUCCAAUGGCCCACCCUAUAUUGCUACUUUUGAUGCAUUUAUUGAAGCAGUUGUAGAGGGUGUGGAAAAUAACUGUUUUACCAAGGCUGUGCUGCGGACUUAAGUACAAGGCGAUAGCCUUAAGCCACUCUUAUAAGUUGGUCUACAGCUCCCACAAUCUAUGGCUGCAGAUGAACGUAAUGAUAAGGCUAAGAGGAUGAAAAGUUCAAAGAAUUUUCAGCUCACGUGUUUUACAUCUGGAAUUGUUUCUCACAAGCAGCAACAGAAAAUAUUAGCCGAUUGCUCAGAAAAAUAUUUAAGCAAACAUCUGCCAAAUGAUUGGUGCACCCUUUUGAUUUGUUUACCAGAGAUACACAAAGAAAUAAAUGCUUUAAAAUGAGUAUUUGCUAAAACGUGUAAAUACUAGACCAAACAAAAUCUCUAUACCAAACAAAUAUCUUUGAGUUUGGUGCGAAAACACAAAUUACUAUCUGGACAGGCAAUCAUACGAUCCACAAAAUUUGGCCAGUCACUUGGGAAGUACUUUCAUCUUCCAAAGAUAUUAAUGUCACAUUAUUUCAGUUUGUUGAAUCCAAAUAUA